AUGCCGUUUUCAAGUACGUUAAAUUCCAAGGAGCAAGAAAAACUGGAUGAAUGGCUGCAAACAAAGAAUAUAAUACUGAACAAUCGCACAAGACGUGAUCUCUCGGAUGCCGUGACAAUUGCUCAACUUUUUAAGAAACUGGAUACAAGCCUUGUAAAUAUGGAUAACUAUAUAUCGCAUUGCAGUCUAGCGUUAAAACUGGAAAACUGGGAGACUCUCAAUUUCAAGGUAUUGCGUAGAAUGGGUUUCAUAUUGUCCGCUUCAGAGUUGGAGGAGCUUGCAAUGGGUAAACUGGAUGCCUUAAGAUCUUUGCUUUAUCGCCUGAUGUGCAUAGGACGAGACGGAGGUGCCCAUUAUGAAAUCUUCCCGAAAAUAACAUCGACACAGUCGCAGAACCAGGUCCAGAAACCGCCUCAAUCCGAUCUUAGUAAAAAUGCCAUUAAGAGAGAGAAACUCGAAGAUGAUUUUGUUAGCGAUGUGUCACCCUCCAAAAAUAUUCCCUAUUCAAAGUACGAAACAUUGAUGGACGAGAAUCGCAAAAAGGAUAAAUAUAUUUGCUCAGUUAAACACAAGGUUCAGUAUCUAGAAAGUCUCAUUUUGGUCAAGGAGGAGCGAAUCAAUAAUCUUUUGGAGCAUCUGGAAACACUAUCAGGAAGAAUAUCAUCCUAG